CUCAAUAUUUUAGCGAUUGAGUCAAUUGAGUGUUUUAAGUUGAAGUGCGUCAAAGACAAAACCAUUGGACAAUAUGGCCGCCGCGAAGAACAAUAAUAAUAGACAAUAAAAGUGUCUGGAUUUUCCACGAUCCGCUUGUAGUGUUUAUGUUUGAUGUGCUGUUUAUGUUGAUUGUCCGAUGAUGAACGUAAUGUUGCCGUCGUUUACCCCUCCGGUGGUAAAACGACUUCUCGGCUGGAAGAAAGGCUCGGAUGAUGACAAAUGGUGUGAACGAGCCGUCAAGUCUUUGGUGAAGAAAUUGAAGAAAUCGGGCGCCUUGGAGGAGCUGGAACGGGCGAUUUCAUCGCAAAAUCACAACACCAAAUGCGUGACAGUGCCAAGGAGUAAACCAGGGGUUGAUCUGGGAAACAUCCAGCAACAGAGAAAAGGUUUACCACAUGUUAUUUAUUGCAAGUUGUGGAGAUGGCCAGAACUGCAGUCUCAGCACGAGUUGAGAGCGCUCGAGCACUGUGAAUACGCCUUUUCCCUUAAAAAGGACGACAUCUGUGUUAACCCGUAUCAUUAUACAAGAAUAGAGAGUCCAGCUCUGCCUGUAAUCUUGGUGCCAAGACUAGCUUGCGAUGAGAAUAGCAUAUUUCCACAUUCUCUGGAGGAUUUGAGCACUUCCGUACCAGAAAAUACCUCCUUCCCACAUAAUACAAACAGUUUAGGUAUUAUGCAGCAUUCGGGAGGAUACAUGGAUUCGAUUGGCAUUUGCCCAAAUGGAACCCCCACAGGCAUGGAAUCCCCGUUAAGUAUUGUACCUCCUACAGAAACGCCUCCUCCUGGAUAUAUGUCUGAGGAUGGCGAUCCAAUCGACCCUAAUGACAACAUGAGCUUAUCCAGACUAACCCCUAGUCCCCCUGUGGAUGCACAACCCGUCAUGUAUUGCGAGCCGGCAUUCUGGUGCAGCAUAAGCUACUACGAGCUAAACACCCGAGUUGGGGAGACCUUUCAUGCCAGAUUUUGUCUAGGACUUUUAUCGAACGUGAACCGAAAUACAGUAGUCGAACAAACCAGACGUCAUAUAGGAAAAGGGGUUCGACUGUAUUAUAUUGGUGGCGAAGUAUUUGCGGAAUGUCUUAGCGACUCAGCGAUUUUUGUUCAGUCUCCCAAUUGCAACCAAAGGUAUGGAUGGCAUCCGGCGACGGUUUGCAAAAUUCCUCCCGGUUGCAACUUGAAGAUAUUCAAUAAUCAAGAGUUUGCCGCUUUACUGUCGCAGUCAGUCAGUCAGGGAUUUGAGGCGGUUUUUCAAUUGACUAGAAUGUGCACAAUUAGAAUGUCGUUUGUGAAAGGAUGGGGCGCCGAAUAUAGGCGCCAAACAGUCACAUCAACACCAUGUUGGAUUGAGCUGCAUCUAAACGGCCCCUUACAAUGGCUUGAUAGAGUGCUCACUCAAAUGGGUUCUCCUAGAUUACCGUGCAGUUCAAUGUCCUAAAGGGCCAAUUGAACUUGAAAUAUAUUUGUGUUGUUUAACCGUUUGUGGGCAAGUAUCAGAACGAAUUUUCGUUGAUCCGAAUUAGAAGUUUUGCGUGCCGCAAGAUGAGAGAUCAGGAAAAAGGUUUUUGGGGAUAUGUUGAGCGAAAAAAAUGAUAUUUUUUUAGAUGUUUGGAGGGAUUUGAAUCGACAACAUCCUUGUAUAAAUGGACAUAUCGAGUAAGAAAGCAACACAAAUAUAUUGAAAAUCGUUGCUAGAUGUACUGCUAAUUGGGGUUUGCCAAGCACAUAAGUAAAUCGAGCGCAAUAGCCUACAAAUUAUUUUAUACAUACACGUUGAUAAAAAAAACUUUUACCGAAAUAUGAUUGACAUUCGGCGAUAAUCCGGUUCUUUGAACAAAACCCGAUUAAAUAGUCUAAAUAUUUGUUCCUUAAUAAAUUGGCAAGAUAGUUCCACAGUUGACAUUCUAUAAAUCAGUGCAGUUAAUCACUUAGCAGUACACCACUGGAAUAUCUAUACUUCAUUUACCUAGUAAUAGUUUUUGUGUAUACUUGCAUAGAUUUCUUUAUGGCGAAUCGAGAACAAAUAUUUCUAAAGCGUUGUGAUGUUGCCACAUUAAUUUUUACUUGCAGUUUAUUGAUAUUUUAUAGCUUUAUAUUCGUCUGUUUUACACUUUUACAAAAGCAUAGAGUUUUAUUUAUAUUGUUUUUCAAAUGCUACUACUACUAAUAUAUUGAAAACGUUCAAUGUUGAAUUUCAGAGUUUUUCAGCAAUAUAUUGUACACGAAAUCCCGAUAGUUAUAGACAAUGCCUUUUGAGUAUAUCGAAAGUGCUUUUGUUAUGUUUAUCUGCUUUAGAAACUCCUAUAGUGAGUAAAUAAUGAGCCGUAUUUUGUUAAAAUUGUAUAAAUUUCCUUGUUAUAUGGAAUAGUAGUGGUAGUAGCAACAAAAUCGUUGUUAAUUAUUUGCAGCUUAUUUUGCGAGUGUUGUUUCACGUUAACUCCAAAAUUGGGUUGUAAUAAUUAUAUUUUAUACAAGUUCAUCAGCAGCCAUGUUUUACAAAUACCUGUUCAAGAGAAAGGGUUUUCUUGGAAAUGUCGCAACUACAAGCAUAGUUUUUUAACAAAGUAAUUUAAGUGAACUUUGAUGUAAUUCUCUAAUACGUGUAGUUUAGUUCCGUGAUAUUUUUACUUUGGCUCUUUUGGCAAGUAGUUAAUGUUCUAAGUUUUGAACAUAUUAUUGGUACAAUUUCCAUGGGAAAGUAUUGACACAACCAAUGGAACUCUCCAAGACAGAUUAAUGAUGUGAAUAUGCAUUAAAAGUUAUUAUUAGUU